ACAGGUCGCCUGACAGCCAAAAGUGAUGUGUACAGCUUUGGGGUUGUGUUGCUGGAACUAUUGUCUGGACGACGUGCUGUUGAUAAGUCAAAAGUCGGUGUAGAGCAGAAUCUGGUUGAUUGGGCAAAGCCAUAUUUGGGUGAUAAACGGAGAUUAUUCAGGAUAAUGGACACUAAAUUGGGAGGUCAGUAUCCCCAGAAAAGUGCCUAUAUGGCUGCUAACCUCGCGUUACAGUGCCUAAGUGCUGAUGCUAAACUCAGGCCUAAAAUGUCAGAGGUAUUAGCAACGCUCAAGCAGAUUGAAUCUCCUAAAAGUGCUUCAAAGCACUAUCCGUUUGAACAGCAGAUACAAACUGUUCACCCAGGCAAGUCCUCCACGAGACAGCAAUAUUCUCCUUUGAAUCUAACUCCACGUGCUUCGCCAUUGCCUUCGCACCGUCAGUCACCACGAGUUCGAUGACUUGCUUAAAUUUCUUAUUUGCCUCCGUAUGGUAUAGUGGGUGUAGUAUUGAAUCCAAGCAUUUGCCUUGAUGCAAUUACAAAUAUGAUGAAUGGAUUACCACAUCUUUUCAGGAAACAUAUGGUUUGAUUUCAUUGUCGGUAAUCCGUUUAUUCUGUUGAUCAUGUUAUUAUAAUUCAAGGUCUAUGUGUUUCUUGUAUGUGUGAUUAUUCAUCUUUGAGAGGGAAAUGUACGAAAUAUUGACCAAAGAUUUACAUAAUACUUGAGACCCCAAAAGACUACGAUUUAAUUUCUGAGUGUUAGAUGGGAAGUGAGUCUUAUAUGUGUAUAUUCAUAUGAUUUACAU